CGGCAGAGAUCUCCUCGUCCUCGUUUUUCCAGAAGUGCCGAGUUGCAGGUUAGGCGUGUGCCUAAACUCCCAGCCGGUCAUCCAGCCGGUCAUUGCGUGCGACGGUUUUCACUUGAUCUGGGGAUUUGGGGUAACCGCUCCUCUGCCCACAUUUGAUCCACCCUGCCCGCAGGGCAUCAGCGCCACGUCGUUCAGUUCCAGAAUCUCUGGGAACGGAGCAAUAGGGUCGCAGCGGGUGAGCUGCCGUGAAUGGCAACAGCAGAACAAGACCGCACUCACAUAAUGGAAGAGCGAACCAGUUCCUUUAUCGAGUUAAAGAACGAUACGCCCAAGAGCAGAGGAAGUGCCCGUCCAUCCGGCCGCUUGUCCCGCAGCCGACAGAGCGCCAGUAUGAGUCAGAGCCAGAGCCACGCCCGCAGCCGUGUGCUCUCGCACAGUGCCAAGCCUUACACCGAUGCCGACGCGAACGAAACGAUCCUACGUGCCAAUGCACCGCCCAACUAUCAUGGCGGCUUCAACGACAUCAUGAAGCAAAUCAAGGCCAAGAACUAUUACACGCAACAAUUCCAGCGCAUCCAGCAACAGACUAACAUGGGCCGUUCGUUGUUUUUCUCCAACGUCGCACCAACAUUCUACGAAGACAACUACCUCGCCAUUGCGCAGGAAACUUCCGUAGACCGAGUGCGCGCCUGUUUCUUCAUCGGGCUCGUGGGUCUUACCGCACUCUACCUGAACGAGUGGCAGUCUGACCAAUGGUCCAAGUCGGAGAAAAAUGGACGUACGGAUCAGGACGAGACGACCAUUAUCGUCAUGACUUUUGGCGUCAUGUUGCCGACUUUCAUGCUGGGCAUCAUUGCCACUUUCACAAGCAUCGGCCGGAAGUACUUGGAGAACGUCACGGCCACAGUGUUCGUGAUUGUUGCCGCCAUGAUGAUUGCCAAGAAACCCGUCGAGAAAUACAAAGGCCCCAUCAUUCCGUUGCUAAUUCUGCUGAUCCCAAUCUUCGGUAUCACCCGCAUGCGCUACAUCAAGUCGUGUUGCAUCGGGUGGGGCAUUUUCUUCAGCUAUCUCAUCGUCAUGAUGAGUGUCCGCAACACUCUGCCACAACCCGAUCUGUUCGACUCCUACACGGACAUUUCGUACCAAGCUAUCAACUACGGUAUCACUGCAAUUGGCGGUAUGGUGUCGCAAUACCGACAGGAACUUCUUCGUCGUCGGAACUUUUGUCUGCAACUGCCGUUCUCCGGCACAAUGGACGCCGACGCUGUGGCCGAAAUCAAGACGGAUAAGUUCAGUAGGAAGACGCUCAUGCACCGCUGGUCGCUCAAGUUCCGGCACCCAGAAGUCGAGGAAUGCUUCUACCGGUACUGGUACCUCAUUGACCCGUUUCCGUACGAGAAUCCGAACUCGGGAUCCCUCCAUCAGGGAGUGUUCCGGACGAUCCGCUUUGCUAUCUGGACGCUCUUACUGAACCAGCUCGUGCUUCUUCUUCAAGAUAUCAAGUUCCUCGAAGUCAAAAAGGACGCGCUUGUCGACGAUAACGACUUGACGUAUGCUCUUGUACUUCGAUUCGGCGUCACGGUGCCACUGUAUUUCUCCGCCGCCUUGUUCAUGUAUUUCCUGGGUAAAGCCUUCUACGCGCGAUGGGUGAAAGAAGCUGAAGCCGCCAAGAACGCCGCUCUUACCAGAGACUCGAUGGUUUCCGUUGGAUUGGUCGUGGAGGCCGCUCAGAUCAAAUACGCGACCAAAGACCGCGUCCUGGACGUGCUCAUCAACAAAGGUGGUUACGUGCGUUCGACGCAGGUCUUCUCUUCCGUGGUGAUUGCCUGUCAUGUGUGUUGCAUGGGCAUUCUUCUGCUGGCUGUAUCCACGGGCGCAAAGGUCGAUGCGUACGAGAAGACACACAACGCGUCUCCCGGUCAGCCGAAACCCGUGUACUAUAUGGGUUUCUUGAACGCCGUGCUGUUCGCACAUCGCUCAGGCUUCCGUGUGCGCUUCAUCUACGCGACGUACACAACUUUUGUUGUGGCGUUAGGCAUCAUUAUCGCUGCCAGUAGCAUGUCGCCAGCUUACUACCAACAGUACGCGGGCUACGUGUCUGUGAUCUUCCUCAUGGGAAUGAUGAUCUCGUACGAGGAAGAGUGUUUGCGUCGAUCGUUCUUCGUCCUCAAGUCGAUCCGCACGCUGGAGUUUGAAGAAUGGUUUGGCGUCGUGUUGCGGAUCCAAGGCUGGGUUAAAGAACGUUUCCGCAAAAAGUUGCAAGAUGUGCGAUCCAAGGGCAGCAAAGACUUCGACAGUGCCAGGAAGGCAGAGGCUGUCGUGCCGCUCAUCAACACGUCGGCGCAAAUGGCGUAUGCCUCCAAACUCGGCAUGUACUCGCAGAUGGUUAACAUCAUUAUCGCUGUUGCAGAUGUGAUCACUAGCAGUCUGUAG